GGCGGGGGUUUGGGAGAGUGGCGAGAAGUCGUGCGUGCGCUGAGAAAAGCGGGCCGAGGAGGGCAGAGAGAAAGCAGGGGCCUGAGAACGGGAGAGACGAGAGACGCGGCUGGCCCCUGUAGGAUCAGGGCGGUGUCGACCGGCUGUGGAGGACGGGGGCGCGGCAGCGUGGGCCAGAGACCGGGGGCGUGCUGAGGAGGCUGCCUCAGCUCUUCUGCCCUCUACUCUCUGAUCGCUUACCACUCUUCCCUCAUGGACCCUGACACCAAACUCAUUGGAAACAUGGCACUGUUGCCUAUCAGAAGUCAGUUCAAAGGACCCGCUCCUAGAGAAACAAAAGAUACAGAUAUUGUGGAUGAAGCUAUCUAUUACUUCAAGGCCAAUGUCUUCUUCAAAAACUAUGAAAUUAAGAACGAAGCUGAUAGGACCUUGAUAUAUAUAACUCUCUACAUUUCUGAGUGUCUAAAGAAACUCCAAAAGUGCAAUUCUAAAAGCCAAGGCGAGAAAGAAAUGUAUACACUGGGAAUCACUAAUUUUCCCAUUCCUGGAGAGCCUGGUUUUCCACUUAAUGCGAUUUAUGCCAAACCUGCGAACAAACAGGAAGAUGAAGUGAUGAGGGCCUACUUACAACAGCUGAGGCAAGAGACUGGACUGAGACUUUGUGAGAAAGUUUUUGACCCUCAGAAUGAUAAACCCAGCAAGUGGUGGACUUGCUUUGUGAAGAGACAAUUCAUGAACAAGAGUCUUUCAGGACCUGGACAGUAAAGGGAGCCUUGGGCAGACACUGUCUCCACAGCUGUGGGCAGCAUUUACAGCAAGAUGUACACAGUUCUUUGCCUUUAUUUCAUAAAGUUUUAUGCAGAGGAGAGAAGAGAGUGUGUCUUUACUUGAAGAGCUCUUUAUCAAGAAUUUGGGGUGGGGGCUGGGGAAGAAUGAGUUGUUGACUGGCGAUUUGAAAUUUCCACAGUAUUAAGCUGGUGCUUAAUAAGUAAUAAUAAAGAAAUUUCUAACA